AUGCCUUUCGAAUUCGCGCAGCAACUGCGCGAGGUGUUACCACCGAACGUACCCUCCCUGCUCCCGCCGAACCUCUCCUCUAUCCCGCACACUCCGAACGCCUCUGUCGGCCACUCAUCCGCUCAGCCGGAUGGUAGUUCCAAGCUCUCUCGAGACCCCGCGCGCCGCCAAGACUCCCCGCCGCAAACGACAAUGGUCCCCACGUCCACUCUGUUUGAUGUAGCGGACGAGAUGCAUGCUCCCAUGACGGAUGGGUUCUGGGAUGCUCUAGCGGCCGAGCAGCACUCCGAUGGGGACAACGACGUCGACUAUGAACAAGACUUCUUCUCCGACUUUACAGAGUCCUUCACUGACAUGUACGCCAUGUCCGACGCCGAGGACACAGAUACAGCCCCCUCGAGCAGCGUAUCAGCCACUCCUGCUCCUGCUAGCGCGUCCUUUACCUCGUCGCGCGCGUCCAUGCCUGUUCCACCCCGACGCGCGCCCCACGUGCUCGCCCCCCUUCCCCGGACUCGCACGAACAUUCCUACCGUGCGCCCCACCGUUGCCUCCACUAGCACCCAAGUUUCCUGCGUGCCCGCCACCAGUAGCCAGACCCGCUCCGCCCCGACCAUGGCUUCCUCUGCCGCCGCGGCUACCCAAGCUCCUGCGUCGGCCACGGCUGGAGCGCGUUCUCGCUCCCCGAGUCUUGCAGCGUCCGACGACUCCGAGCGCACCCUCGUGAACGAGCCCGCGCGCCCAGCCUCCGGGAUUCCCGGCACGUCUUUCCUGAACCCCAUCGUCAUUGGUGAGGGCCCGGGCGAGGAUGCGGACCAUGCCUUCCAGGUCUUUGAUCAGACGGGCUCCCGAGACGAUCCAAUAGUCCUUUAG